GAGGCGACCAGGAGGCGGGGCCGAGGCCCUGGAAGGCUCGGGGACUGACUGACUGCCGGACGGACGCGCGAGCCGGGAGCGGGACCGAGGCGGCGCCGGCGGCCAGCGCGAGCGUGGACCCUGGGGCAGCACGGCCUGGGCCGUAGGAGCACCUGCCCGCCCGGCGGGCCCUCGGGCCCAGAGGCGCGGCCAUGGCAGAGCUCAAGUCGCUGUCGGGGGACGCGUACCUGGAGCUGAGCCACGGCUACUCGGCGGCGGGCCUCGCCUACGGGGCGGUCCGGGGGCCCGAGGCGGCCCGCGGCUACGGGAUGCCGGGCACGGGAAAUGACCUCCCCGCGGCGUCAGCGCCCCGAGCCCCGGCCGCGGCGGACGAGAGCAGCGGCGAGCAGAGCGGGGACGAGGAAGACGCCUUCGAGCGGCGGAGGCGGCGGCGCGGGCCGGGGAGCGCGGCGGACGGACGGCGGCGGCCCCGGGAGCAGCGGUCCCUGCGGCUGAGCAUCAACGCCCGGGAGCGCCGGCGGAUGCACGACCUGAACGACGCCCUGGACGGUCUGCGCGCGGUGAUCCCCUACGCGCACAGCCCGUCGGUGCGCAAGCUCUCCAAGAUCGCCACGCUGCUGCUCGCCAAGAACUACAUCCUCAUGCAGGCGCAGGCCCUGGACGAGAUGCGGCGCCUCGUGGCCUACCUCAACCACGGCCAGGGCUUGGCCACGCCGGUGGCCGCGGCGCCCUUGACACCCUUCGGCCAGGCUGCACUGUACCCCUUCUCUGCCAGCGCCGCGCUGCCCUGUCCAGACAAGUGCGCCGCCUUCUCCGGGACGCCCUCGGCGCUUUGCAAACACUGUAACGAGAAGCCCUAAGGGCCCUGGGCCGUCCCUCCUUGCGCACGCGUCCUUUAUUUUACCUUGCCCCCAUGACUGCCACCCUCCCCCACUGGACUCCGCUCUCGGGAAGACGGCCGCACCUCGCUUCCAGCCCUUGUGCGCUGAGCAGUUGGGCCGGCGGAACAGAAGAGCAAAGCCCAGCCGGGAGUGGGACUGGACCGGACAACGGGGUGCUGGAAUCCAGGUCCUAGAGCCUGCAGCGCCCCUGGGCACUCUCCGGACGUCGCCAGCCAUCGAUCCUGGAGACAGGACGGGGCUGACCAACCGUGUUUGUCUGGGCGCCACCGCUCAGCCUCAAAAAGAAACCCGGGGUCGCAGCGGGAACAGGGAUUGGCGCGAUCCCCGCGGGGGUGAUCCUCCCCAGACCCACCUGGGGGCUCUCAGACCGCAGGGACGGAGGGUAGCCCGGGUCCCGGCCCUCUCGGGGCUCAUGUUUGGCCUCCGUCGGCCGUCUUGCCAACCGCAAGGCCACGCUCUGGGUGGACGUAUUCCGCCUCCGCCGGCUCCAUGACCCCCUCCCCGCGCCGCAGGAGCGGAACUGCCGGAUGCUCCCCAACCGGGUCCCGCAACUGUGGUUGCAAGGGAGCUAGACCGCGGACACAAGAAGACCCCGGUUGGUAGCUUUUCGCCUUUCCCGUCUGUUACGUUUCUUUUCUAGCCUGCCUGGAGAUGUUGACCUCUGGGUGAGCGGACGUUGACGCCGGCUGCUUCCCAUUGUCCUUAAACAGCCCCUGGACUCUCCAGCCACCACCGCCCUGGCGCGGCCCUGGUGAAGCUGUAUGGAGACCGAGAUGCGCCCUCUGCUUAAAGGCGGCUGCGUGGAGGAGGGCUCCUGGGGUGUCAGGGGAGGGCCUAGUUUAGCCCUGGUGACAGGCCAAGGCCCCUCUCCACCGACCCCGCACAAUUCAGGGAGAGGUGACCCGGCCCCGGUGAGUACACGCUGCUGGGGCACGCCCUGGCCAAUGAUCACGGUGAUGGGAUCUCUUUUAAAGGCAAUUCUCAACUCAGAACUCUGCCACCAGCCGGGGUCCACGCGCCGCGCACAGCCUGGGCCUCCCAGAGGGACCGAGCUGUGCUCGCCGGUUUGCGCUCGCCGGCUCUGCCACAAUACCCGGCUUUAUUAACCCAAUUUCCGCGGCUGUCGUUAAUGCUAUGCUAAUAGGGAGAGGACUGCGGCCCUACAAAGCGGCCUGUCUACAGCGGUUAACUUUAAUUAAUACAUUUCAAAAGGCCCUUUUGUAUUUGCAAAAUGAAGUGUGUGAUUAAGUCUUAUUCAUAAAGACAUAUG